AUGAGUCCAAAAGUAGAUAGCGUUAUUGAUAUCGACAACACUGUUAUUGAUGUGUAUAGAUGGUCUAUACCAAGACCAUCAUUGUCGUCAUGGAGACAAGAAAAUUCCAGUGACAAAUCGCAGCCAGACUCAUCCACAUCGCCUAACCAACUAAGCAUAAAGAGUAAAUCAUCAACAACUUCAAUGUCACUAUGUGCAGAAAACUUAGAUGCACAUAACAAAUAUAUUGAUCGAAACAAUGAUUUAGAUACUUUAUCAGUAGCAUCAUCAAAUCAUUUUACUAUUGUUAAUGGCAUAGGGCAUAAUCGACAUAAGUCUAGAAAGCCUACCACAUGUUGUUGUGAACAACAUCAGCUUACUGUAUUGGUAAUUUCUAUGACAAUAGUUUUCUUCCUAACAAUUGUAUACUGCAUCUACUAUGUUCACAGACGUGCAAUAUACUGUACAAACAGCUUUGCUUAA